UUACAUAACAAUUACGUAAUGCCUAUUAUAUUUCACGUAAUGUGACUCGUAAAACCUGCUAUAUCAAAUAAAAAAAAAUUCAAGUUUCCUUACUUCAAGUUACGUAAGAAUUCUUUUGCAUGAAUGUUAGAUUGUGAACGAAAGUCAGACACGGAUUUGCAUUAUAGGGAACAUAAAAAGAAGUAGGGGUGGCUAUUUGGACCGGGACCUGAUUGAAAACCGGAAACCGGACCGUAUAACCCGGAACGAGACCGGACCGGGACCGGAUAGUAAACAAUCCAAUCCAAUCUUUGGGCUUAGAUGUGAGGUAAAAAAUCGGAUAAGAGAGCUCAACACCCAAAACUUAAGGGUAAUUUGCAUAAACGGUCACAAACCUUUGCAUUUAGUACAAAACUUAACCAACUCCUCACCCUUUAAGGCCUUAGGCCACUCAAAUCCCACAAUCUCAAUGUAAAAUCAAGACCGAAUUGGGACCGAACCGGAUCAAAACCGGACCGGAUCAAGACCGGACUGUAUCCAAUCCAAUCUUCGGUCCUUAUAUUUUCAAAAAGACCGGACUGGACCGGAUCAAUUUGGGCCAAUUUAACCGGACCGGACCGUAUAGCCACCCCUAAAAAGAAGGAUCAGCCCAGAUGGAUUAGAAAUUGGAAUCAUUCUUUGAAAACGAAGCAAUGAAUAAAUUAAAUGCCUAAAGGUGACAAAAUAAAGUUAAUAAACAGUCCUAUAGUAGUAGGGUGAGCAGCAUGCGCCUCUGAAACAAAAAGCUCCAUUGAUUUAACAGCAACAGAAGAGCCAGAUCUCUAUCUUGGUUGGUUUUAGCUUUAUUAUGCGCACAAAAGGACGUCAAAGAUGUCGGACGCUAAUCCCAAUAUUGAACUUGAACACACACCAAUCCAUUUUCUUUCCUUCCAUCCCCACUAGUCCUGCCCUGCAUCUUGGUCCGAAAACCAUAUCUGAUGUCGAAAAAAGCGCCAUCUAAUUCUAUCUCCAAAGACAACACUUUUUUGUGUCUUGUUUUCCUCGAUCUUAUAUUUAUGUUUCCCUUAUGUAUGUUUUUGUUUUGUCGUCUUGCUGUUCGUUGCUCUGUUGUGUUUCACACUGAUGAACAACAGGUCAGGUAUCGUCAUCAGACCCAUGUCUAGCAGGCUCAUUACCGAGUUGCUUUUUGCAGCAACAACUGAUCACCAAUCCAACAACUACUGGAAAAGUGACUGUCCAAAUGGUUCAUUGCGCCCGAUGGUAUAGCACGGGCCAAUGUCUAAUGUCAUAUUUGGUUGAGCAAUGGGAGAGCUAGAAAUUCCAGUGACUAGAAGUAAAAAAAGAUUAAGGAAUUUGGAUUUUAAUGGCCAAGUAGGAGGUUAUGGAGACUUACCAAUCAUUCUAUUUCUCGUAUCGAUAGCACAUUUUCUAAAUAUAGUUCGGAAGUUCGCGCCCUAAAUUAUUUAUAGCACUGCUUGUGCAGUUGAAUGAUGAUGUGUAUGCGCUGUACAUGGGAUUUGGACCGUGAUUGGGCCGGCACGGCACGGGCACGCUUCAGGCCCAUUUAUUUCAUGUCGUGCUUGGCACGACCCGUUAGUUUUUGUGCUGUGUCAUGCCAUGCAAGUCUAUUUGUUAACUUUGCUAGGCACAGCCUAGACUCGGGCACGGUUCAAAUCGUGUCGUGCCUAUCUCGUAUUCGUGUUUAAUGAAAAGGACGAAAACAAAAGAGAGAAUGAAAAGGAGGGUGAAAAUUGGACGAAGGAAAAUAGUAUUAACCGAUAACGUUUGAAAAAAGUAACAAAUCAGGGGGGAAAGAAAAUUGGAAGUAUAGCGAGUGUGAUUUGGCUUUGUUUAAUUCUUUGUCCAUUUUUACUUAUGUUAGUAAUUACAUAUAUAUCUUUAUGACACUUCUAACAACAAAAAAUAAUUAUUUUUCUACUUGUUUUUUUUUUUUGUAAUAUUUGAACCUAUAAUUCUUUUUAUAUUUAUUUUUUAUCAAAUAAAUAUUAUUCUCGUGCCAUGUCCGUUCUUGUACUCAAUAAAGUCUCAAAAAUAUUAGGCACGACACGACCCACUUAUAUACCGUGUCGUGCUCGUGCUCGUGCCCAUGAAGUUUAGGCCCGACACGACCCAUAAAUUAUUCGUGCUCGUACCUGGCUUACACAUUUAUUUCGUGCCCGUGCUCGUGCCAUGCUCUAACAGUGCCCAGUGGCGGAUACAUGGUGCUUUAGGGGUGUCCCGGGACACCCCUAAAAUUUGGGAUAACGAUUAGCCAACCUUCGGUAGUAAUUUCGUAUGGAUAAAAAAAAUAUAAUCGAUAAUCCAGGACACCCCUAAAAAUUGAAAAAACGAUUAUCUUACUCUCGAUAGUAGUUUGCAUAUGAUUUAAAAAAUAGAAGUGGUAGUCUGUGAUAUUCAAACCUAGGGUACACUACUAUUAUUAAACUUAUUCUACAUUAGGUUAUAACUCAUGUGUUGUUCUAUUUUAAACAUUAUGUAAUAGUAAAAACACGAUUCUUUAUCCCCAGGGGGUAUCCCUUAUUUGAAUUGACUUUAUGGUAACACGGAGUGUUGAAAAAAUCUUUUCAACUUUGAGUUACAUCAUAAAGAAGGUUGGAAAUUGAAUAUGCGAUAAGUUUAUGAAUUAUUGUCUACUACAAUAUACAGAUUUGUUGAGCAGUGUAGACAUCGAAUCUAUUUUAUAUUUUUCCGAAAUAUGAAAACACAUAGUGGCUUUUUUUCAAAAAAAUUGUACUAAUUGGAUAUUUUCUGAUUUAUGAAUUAUUUAAUUUAAUUAUUUAAUUAUUAAUUUAAUUUUUGAAAGAGGACACCCCUACAAAAAAAUUCUGGAUCCGCCACUUAUCGUGCCGUGUCGUGCUAGCCUGUGGGCGGCACGGCCCUGUGCCCACGUACAGUAUACACAGACUGAUAUCGUUGGAGGAUUGAGACCCCAGCCAAUAUCCGAUCACAUCGACCCUCUAAACUUGCAGACCAAAUUACUGUUUAAAGACGAGAUAAUUGAUAACGGAUUUCAAUAAUGUGUAAGUUUGGAAUCAGUAGUAUGGGUGUUCAAACGGUUUGGUUACCGUGGUAACCGUUUUAACCAGUACUAUUUGGAUAAUUUGGUUUGGUUAAUUUGAAUAAUUGGUUUGGUUUGGUUAAAGUUUUUAGCUUGUUUGGUUUAGGUGGUUUGGUUUGGUUUCAGACAAUCCUAACCAGUCAAACCAAAUUAACCAGUUAAUUAAUUAGUCAUAUAUCUAGCAUAUAUUAUAUACACAUACUUAAUACUUUGCAUAACAACUCAAGAGUUAACGUUCAUCCCUUUUAGACUUAUAUAAAAUAUAAAGCUCAAUAUUGCUCAUAUAGUGUAUAUUUGUAUAUAUAAAUUGUAGACCACAACAUAUGGACGUCUAAUUUAGAUAAAUUUCAUACAUUAUGAUGGAUGAAAACUUGAAAGGAAGGUCAUUUACAGUCUAUAAUAAUUGCUAAGAGACUAAGUCAAUUUACACAAACACAACAAUUCAUUAACUCAUACCAUUGUCAUAAAUUUUUGUUAGGUGAAUACUUCUAUACUAAUCGUAAGAUAAUUGUCUUAGUUGCAUGUAUUUUUGUUAAGGGUCAACUAUAACUACGUGUUGAUUGUUAUGUUUUAUUCAUUAUAUAAAUUGCGAAUUGUUGCAUUAACCGGAAAAUUUUCAUCAUCAAUGAUAAUGUGAUUUUAUAUUGGUUAAUCUGGUUAACCAAUUAACCAAACUGAUUAAAUUUUAGUUUGGUUAAUUUGGUUGUUGUAUUAGUUUGGACGGUUUGGUUAUGAUAUUGUAUUCUAUGGUUAAUGAAAUUUAGCCUUAUUUGGUUUGGUUAUAACCAUAGUAACCAUUUGAACACCCUAAGCAGUAGCUAGUUAUAGGCGGACGACUGAUGUCAAUGAUUGGUCAAGAGUAUCGAGCACCAAACAAGUGAUGCUUUCCCUUCUUCUCCUUUUUCAGAUUUUAGUCUGGUUUAGUUCUGUAAGCAAGCAAGCAAGCAGAGACUCCAAAAUCAUGCUUUCUCGUAUUACCAAGCUUAAAUCUGAGACAGAGGAAUAGAAGUGAAAUUGCCCCAUCUCAAUGGCUAAAGAAAGAAUCAUUCCCACCCAACAGAAUAUCUUUAGUUGUCUGCUUCUCUUUAGCUAUAGCUGCUGCCUUUAAUAAAGCCUUCACCUUUAUUGAAAAUUAAAAAAAAAAACCCACUCCAAAUUUCAAAAGAGAAAAUCCCCCAUUUAUAGGGGAACCUCUGUCUCUCUUCCUCUUCUCCCACACAUUGCUUGUUUUCACCACUUCACUCAAAGAACCACUCUACCCAGUACUAAAACAACCCAAAUUCCAGUGUCCCAUAAUCAUUACAUCCAGCAAAGAGAUUAAAAAAAAAAAUGGCAACCCUUCCACAACAAUAUGCAGAGCAGCAGCAGCCGCCGCCGCCGGCCAUCGCGUACCCAGACACGGCCCACUCGAACGGCUCGUUCGGGACGGUGUUCAUCGUCCUGGCGGUGAUCAUCGUGGUUUCGGCCGUGGCCUGCUGCCUGGGGCGGGUGUGCAGCAAGAGCAAGCACGGUGGGAAGGAACAUAAACAGGGGAAGAAGAAGAAGGACAAGAACAAGCAUCAGAAUUCUAAGGUGGGCCAGAGCGACGAUAUCGAGUUCGGGUUUGACAAAGGUGGUGGUGGUGGGUUUCCUCCGAUGGGCCGCCCCGUUUUGGGUAAGCGAGAAGGGCCUAAUGGGCCUCAUUUUAAGCAGCCUUCUGCUGCUGCUGAGAGCAAUCAUAAUGGGCCGUAUUUCCCUUACGGGCCUCCUCUUCCGCCUCCGCCGGCGAACCACCAGCAGAGUGUUCACCGCGGCGGUGUGAAUGGGAUGACGACGAUGAACGGAGGUGGGCAUCAGCAGAAGAACGGGUACGGUGGCGGUAACCAUAACACUGAUUUCAAAGGUUACGGUCGUUAUCCCACCAUGGAGUUUCAUGAUGGCGAGCCCUCCUAGGCGUUAAUUAAUGAAUGGGCGAUUGUUGUUUGGGGUAAUUAGUGGAUUUUGGGGGAAUCAAUGAAAGGAUUUCCGAUCUCAGUGGGAUUAGUUUUAUAUGGAAAAAUUGGGGAUUUCAUUCUUCUUGGUUGGGUCUUUUUUUUUCCCCUCUCGCUUUUAAGGUUCCUUCCUUUUUACUUUCUGGGCAUCGUUAACCACUUAACCUUUGUUAUUAGUUGUAGGCUUGUAGCUUAAAAUGUGUAAUUACAGAAGCAGAAUUUGCUACUAACGGCAACUUGGUAUGGAGUAAGGAUCUCCUUCCCUGAGUUUUUAUUUGGGGAUGGCAAGUAGGUGUCAAGGGCGGGUUCGGGUUGGGUUCAAUCAGGUUUGGGUUCAUUGAGUUCGGGUUCAUCGGAUUCGGGUUAGUCGGGUUGCGGGUUCAUCUAGUUCGGGUUCAAUCAGGUUGCGGGUAAAUCGGGUUACGGGUUCAUCGUUUUGAGUUGGGCUGGUUGCGGGUUGUUUGGGUCAGCGCAUCAAGUAACUUACUCCUUACUCAUUACCAACUUACACAUUUUAUUACACUAAUUUAAAUAUUUUUCUCAAUUGUAACCAAUUUCUUUCUAACUCGUAUAUAUACUUAAUUUAAAAAAAAACUAGUCAAAAUGUUGAAUCAAUUUAUAUGACUUGCAAACUUGUUAUGUAAUUAAUCGUAAUUGGUAAAGUACACUAGCAAAUAGUAAUGGUUAUAUCAACAUUUGCAACCAAAAGACACCAUUAAUUAUUUCUUUGGUAUUUUAAUAUUAUUUCAGUGGCAAUUGGAUUAGAGAAUCUCGUUUAAUAUAACCAUGCAAACCUUGUAUUUAACGUGUGUUAUUUGGCAAAAUCAUAGUGGUAAAAGGAUUUAUUUCGAAAUAACUCAUUGCCCUAAUAACUUCAGUAAACUGUUGUCAAACGAGUUAUUUGUAAAAUUGUUCGAAUUACCCUAAAAUUGAACUAUUAAAGAUUAACUAUCAAAUUUAGUAAAAUUGGUGUGACUUCAAUCAUAACUUACACAAUAACAUAUAUCAUAUACACUAAGUCUUACUCUCAAUCGACAAUAUUAAGUUAAUAUAUGGUGUUGAUCGUAUACCCUAAACCAUCAAUAUAUUAUACACUAACAACAUAUCCUAUACCCUAAUCAUAUAUCCAUAUGAGUUGUGAUUUUGCUAGUAAGUUAAUUUAAAGUGAAACUCGUACUUUGAUUUUCGAAAGAUAGGUAAAAAAGUGAUAUUUGCUAUACUCUAACCAUAUAUCUUAUACUCUACACCAUACACCCUGUACUCUAACCACGUAACAUGAACAUAAAUUAAAAAGGGAUCUCCUGUCAUUAAAGAUUUUAAAUGACUUCAAGUGAACAUAUGUUAAUAAAAAAACUUAGAACCG